UUAAGUAUAGUAUACUCAAUACUGCCGUACACUUGUCAUGUGUUGAAUAUUACGUAAUUAUUUAAAUGUAAACACUAAAUACAAUAUAGUAAUUCGGCGAUCGAGCCAUCAGAAUUACAUUGCGUUACCGCACGACGGGUCUCGCCGCCACCGCCAUCUACGCUGUUGCUUCACGGAAAUCCUCGAAACAGCGAUGGCGGUUAACUUGGAUAUACAACUAAAGCGAUCGAACAAGGUGUAUCGCGAAGGCGACACGAUUUCCGGGGUGGUGAUCAUCGACACGUCAACUGACGUCAAACAUGAAGGCGUCAUCAUGACCAUCGAAGGCACAGUCGAUUUGCAGAUCAGCACUCAAAACGUAGGUGCUUUCGACGCUUUCUAUAAUUCUAUCAAGCCGGUGCAAUUGAUGAUGUGUUCGUUGGAAAUAGCCCGUGCUGGCAGGUUUCCGAGCGGUACUACUGAAAUACCAUUCGAAGCGCCCGUCACUCCGCUCCUGAACAAAGUGUUAUACGAGUCUUAUCAUGGCGUGUUCAUUAACAUUCAGUAUCUACUUAAGGCUGUUAUCAAAAGGAAUUUCCUGAAUAAGGACAUUCAUAAAUCACUUGAGUUUGUUAUUGAAAAUACUCCGUGUUUAAAUGUGCUCUCUUCUAAAGUGGACAAGUUUGUGAUAAAUCAAAAUACUUUGGCAAAUGUUAAUGACAAUUCAAAUAUACCUAAGUUUCAUAUCAUCGGAUCAAUUGAUUCGGUUAUCUGUUCAAUAAUGCAGCCAUUUACUGGAGAAGUGAAAAUUGAACAUUCUGAUAUCCCCAUUAAAUCAAUAGAUAUACAAUUGGUGCGCGUUGAAACUUGUGGUUGUGCUGAAGGUUUCUCAAAAGAUGCCACUGAAAUUCAAAACAUUCAAAUUGCUGAAGGAAAUGUAUCAACAGGUAUCUCAAUUCCAAUUUAUAUGAUAUUUCCAAGAUUGUUUUCUUGUUCUACCACAAAAACAACAAAUUUCAAAAUAGAGUUUGAAAUAAACAUUUCAAUUAUUUUUGUUGACGAUCAUUUGGUAACUGAAAAUUUUCCAAUCACUCUUUAUAGAUGA